UACAGACAAUCGCGAGCGGCUCGGCUCAAGAGAACAAAAUUGUAUUGAAUGGAACGACAAUUUUUAGCUCAAAAGAAAAAGAGAGAAUAAAGCGACAAACUCCCGAUCCCCAAAAAAUUACACUCACACUCACAAACAAUCACAUUUACUCUAUAUCUCUCUGCCCAUGGCAGAUGCUAUGUCCCUUUUCUCCUACCUUCUUAUUCACUAACCCACCAUUUAUUUCUUCCCCUCCAAAACUCACAAACCAUCUCUCUUCUCUCUCUAAUUACUUUUACACAUGGCGUCGCGGAGUCGGAGGAAACAGCGGUGGUGUCCGCAGCCGCUGACGCCGCUAAUGGAAGGCCCCGAUUUCGGAAUGGAAGAUCACCAAGGAAACAAAAAGGAGAGCUCGUGGGAAAUUAUUCGAGAGUGGUUUAGAAUACAGAGAAACGUAGACAGCUUGUCAUCUUCACCAAUGUCUUUGUACGGCCCCCAUAUUCCGCCCGCGCAGCACCAGGAUUUGCGCCUUUUGCUGGGGGUCUUGGGCUGCCCCCUCGCCCCCAUUCCCAUCUCCAACAAUCCCGUCUCCACCCUCCACAUUAAAGACAUCCCUCUCGAAACCUCCACCGCGUACUACAUAAUCCAGCAGUACCUGGCGGCGGCGGGCUGCCUCAAGCAGCAGCGCUGCGCCAAGAACAUGUACGCCUCCGGGAUGGUGAAGCUCAUCCGCUGCGAGACGGAGAUUUCGACGGGGAAGAAUGUGAAGACGAUGGGGUCCCGGACCGGGGAGAAUGGCUGCUUCGUGCUGUGGCGGAUGUCGCCGGAGAUGUGGUCGCUGGAGCUCGCCGUCGCCGGGAACAAGGUGGUUGCCGGAAGCGACGGCAAGAUCGUGUGGCGGCACACGCCGUGGCUCGGCACGCAUGCGGCCAAAGGCCCCCAACGACCGCUGCGUCGCAUUAUUCAGGGACUGGACCCGAAGAGCACGGCGGGGCUAUUCGGGAAGGCGCAAUGCCUGGGCGAGAAGCGGAUCGGGGAGGACGCGUGCUUCGUGCUGAAAGUGGCGGCGGACAGGGAGGCAGUGAUGGAGCGGAACGAAGGGCCCGCGGAGGUGAUCCGGCACGUGCUGUACGGAUACUUCAGCCAGAGGAGCGGCCUCCUGAUCUACAUGGAGGACUCCCACCUGACGAGGGUCCACUCCGAGGGCGACACCAUCUACUGGGAGACCACCAUCGGCAGCAGCAUCGGAGACUACAGAGACGUCGACGGCCUCCUCAUCGCCCACCAGGGGAGGACCGUCGCCACCGUCUUCCGCUUCGGCGACACCUCCAUGGAGCAUACGAGGACAAGAAUGGAGGAACUUUGGACCAUCAACGACGUCGUUUUUGACGUCCCUGGCCUUUCCACCGAUUCCUUUAUUCCUCCCGCCGAUAUCUUCCACACGAUAUCGCCUUAAUUGUCUUUUUUCUUUUACACUCUUAAAUUUUCACAUCCGCCCGAUUUCAAUACAACGUGUAUAUGCUUUAACUAUGCUUAUUUCAUUUAAUUUCUAAUCACCACACUUCCUAAAAAAUGCAAAAGAUUACGUUUCUGCAACUUAAGCUGUUUAUUUAUUCAUUUGGAGUGGGGGUAUUCUUUUAAAAUUUGGAGGUGAAGUGUAAAAAGGAAAGGCCUGGUGCAGAAUUUUAUACCAAGAGAAAUGGGCCUCAAUCAUUAAUAAUGGGCCAAUAUAUGUUUUUAUAAGUGUAGCCACGCAUUAUUACUUUUUUUAAUAGAGUGAACUACACAAAUGAUACCUUA